GAAUCCAACUAAUGAGGACUCAAGUCGAGAGAGAGAGAGAGAGAGAGAGAGAGAGAGAGAGAUCACUGCGAAACGGAAAGAGAGGGAGAUAGACGGCAUUAAUGGCGGAAGGUCAGAAACCGCGAAAACACAGCGACGAGAGCGUGAAGUUGUUCGUUGGCCAAGUUCCGAAGCAUAUGACGGAGGCACAGCUUGCUGCAAUGUUCGAAGAAUUUGCUCAUGUCGACGAAGUCAACAUCAUCAAAGACAAGGCUACGCGAGCUUCUCGAGGUUGUUGUUUUGUUAUAUGUCCAUCUAGGGAGGAAGCAGACAAGGCCGUGGAUGCGUGUCACAAUAAAAGAACUCUCCCUGGGGCAUCUUGUCCAUUGCAAGUCAAGUAUGCAGAUGGCGAGCUGGAAAGGCUAGAACACAAAAUCUUCAUUGGUAUGCUUCCAAAGAAUGUUUCCGAGGGAGAAGUUUCAGCAUUGUUUUCUCAAUAUGGAAGCCUAAAAGACUUGCAAAUUUUACGAGGCUCUCAACAAACAAGCAAAGGUUGUGCUUUUGUGAAAUACGAGACAAAAGAACAAGCAGUUGCAGCUAUAGAGGACCUUAAUGGAAAGCACAAGAUGGAGGGUUCAACUGUCCCUUUGGUGGUGAAAUGGGCAGACACCGAAAAAGAAAGAUUAGCUCGAAAGGCUCAAAAAGCACAAUCACUAGCUUCUAAUAUGGCAAACGCGGACCCCACACAACAUCCAUCUUUAUUUGGAGCUCUACCCAUGGGUUACAUGUCGCCAUAUAACGGUUAUGGAUAUCAGGUUCAGGCUGCUGGAAGUUAUGGGGUUAUGCAGUAUAGGCUUCCACCAGGGCAAAAUCAGCGAGGUGGGAGUGGGACCCCAAGAAAUUAUGCAGUGUCUCCAGCUGGUGGGUAUGUGGGGUCCGUAUAUCAUCCGCCAGCUCAAUAUCCUGUGGCUUACCCUCCUCAGCAGGGUCAGGGGAUUAUGAGCAGUGGCCCACCUAGUCCUGUCCCACCACCUUCAAGUGUCAGCAGUGGAAGCCCUCCUGGUGAUCAGGUUGAAGGUCCACCUGGCGCCAAUCUGUUUAUUUAUCACAUCCCUCAAGAGUUUGGUGAUGAAGAGCUUGCAAAUGCUUUUCAGGGAUUUGGAAGAGUCUUGAGUGCUAAAGUUUUUGUAGACAAAGCAACCGGUGUUAGCAAAUGCUUCGGGUUUGUGAGUUAUGAGUCGCCAUCUGCUGCACAAUCUGCAAUUAGUGUGAUGAAUGGGUACCAGUUAGGUGGUAAAAAAUUGAAGGUUCAACUGAAAAGAGACAACAAGCUAAACAAAGCUCAAUGAUUUGAUGUAAUACUUAGUUAAAUUAUGUGUCAUUGUAAUCUGUAAUUGUGCAACGUAACGUUGGAACUCAUAUAGUCAUUAACUUUCAAUUUAUUGAUUCUUCCCUCAACACCCCAUCAUAACUCACUCAUAUACUGUAUCUAGUCUUUCAAUCUCCUUCAAAAAUGAAAUAUGCUUUUAAUA